CCUGCACGCGCCGUAGCUCCCAUCCCGCGUUGAUGGAAAUUUAUCCCGCCCAACCUCCAACCUCGCGUUGCUCAAGCCCCAACUUUCCAUUCCUUCCAAUGCUUGGAGUCGGCACUCCCACCUAAAUCCAUCUGGCCGCGCCAUUUACCAAACCGCUUGCUACACACGGGCUUUCUUUGGACCCUCGAUUACCGCCUUCUCUGUCCUCCGCGCCUUCCCGCUUCUUCUGCGUCCUUGCUCGCUCCGCGUAACCGCCCACGAUGCCUCCCAUGGAGCUUCCAGCCGAGAUUUUGGAUUUAAUCAAGGACUCGCCGCAUAGUAGCCGCGCGUCCAACCCCAACGAAUACCAAGGCUCGAGCGACGACAGCGACGACAGCGACGACGACGACGAAGUUAGCCAUGCCCGAGCCUUGAGCACCGAGCAACCCGGCGACAGCGCGCAGGCUGUUCUUGAUGUCGACGACGACGCCAUGGACUCCCAGGACCUCGAAAGCUUCAAGGUCACCAGCGACAUCGCCAUGGAAUCUCCGGGCCCUGCACAGCAGAAUGCCAUGGGCACCGCGCCUGCCGACAUUACCGUCGCUGCCGUGAAAGAGAUUAUGGCCGAGCUAGGUGGAAAGCUCAAGACGUCGGAGCGGUUAACCUCGAUGCUGGGUUUACCGGCUUUCCGACCCGCCAAGCUCGCACCUGUGUGGGCCGGCAGACGCAUCAUUUGGGAGCGUGUUGUCAACGUCGAGGCCAUUAUGACGCAAAUAGUUGGCUCCGAGUGCCGCGAGCCCUGCAACCGCUGCAGCCUCAGCCUGGGUCCGUUCGAGGGAUGCUAUACGGUCCCCGGUCUCACUUCGUCGUGCGGCAACUGCGCCUACAACUCGCAGGGACAUCGAUGCAGCAACAACCCCAAAAACGUCGGCAGGGUGCCUAUUCCAAGGGGCCCGCGCGACACCUACUCGCACAAGCGGAAGAAGCCACACAGCUUUCGAAGCGCUGUGCAUAGCCAGUCAACUGCUACUGUUUCGGCUGGCGGCAGCAGCGUGGCGGCCACAUCUCCAUCGACCCGAACGAUUUCCUUCAGCAACGCCGCGACCGACUCCACGCCUGCAUCUUCGGUCACGGCAAGUGGCGGCGGCCGGGCUGGCGGUGACAACACAUUCGUGUUGCAGGCAGCCCUUCCGGGCGAUUUCGGAGUUGAUGACGCCAUGAUGCUGCGACGUGUGCUGCACGAGGUUGCGGAGCAGCUUAUUUUUCAACAGCAGGAUACGCGGCGCAUCAGGGGCGUGCUGCGCAACCUAUCAGGCUCGUUGGAGGAUUACGCCAGUGAGAUGCAAGGCUAACACUGUGCACAUGUGCUUUCUGGAUUCGUUUAUUUCGCUUUCAGGUGGCCGCAAAACCCGUCGUGAUUUGGAAUUACCAGUUUCCAACGGUAACCUUAUUUGCGUUUGGGGAUUUUUGCUUCCGAGAAAACAAUCCGGAGUCCUUUUAGCACAUUGGUUUUUUUUUUUGGGGGCGUUUAUGGGUUUUAACUUUUGGUGAUACCCGGUUUUUUUUUGCUUUGCUUUAUAACGACAGCGUGGGACAGGAUCGGGAACCUAAAACGCGCAGCACAGGUAGCAGAUUAUAGCCGGCGGCUGGAUAAAACAAAUGGCUUGGGAGUGCUUAUCCACGGCCAAAUCGAUGGCACACAUUAUGAAGACUCGGGGGAGUCGAAAUUGCGUGUGCUUAUUUUCAACCCUGAAUUAAGUUUAUGGUGUUUACGUCAGAGUGGGGUAAGCGGAGGAACAUAGGAAUAACCGUAGGCCCGUGCUGUGCCAGGUCGCGGUAAACAUGAACACUGGA